UUGAGUGGAGUGCCGAGAAAUAAGUUGUUCCUACAUACGGAUUUAUAUGAAUAGAUUCUAUUCUGUAUUUAAUUUUUUUAACGAGAUAUACGUGUAGAAUAAAAUAUGGAUAAUAGUAUAACUAAGAAUGCAACAAUAGGACUUCAAGCAAUACAAAGUUAUCAACAGAUACUUAACAAUGUGCUCGUACAGAAACUUGAACAAAAUGAAAAACGAAUUAAAGCAAUAACAGAUUAUAAAAAGGGGCACAAAAAAGUAAUAGAAGGACUUGAAGCAUAUCCAUUAUCACUUUCUGAGAAUUGUAUGGUACCCAUCGGCAAGCUGGCGUUUAUGAGAGGAAAAUUAAUUCAUACUAAUGAAAUCUUAGUUUAUUUGGGAGAAGGCUAUUUUGUCAAGUAUAGUGCAUCACAAGCGAUUGCAUUAUGCAAUAGGAGAAUAGCAUGGGCGGAUGAAAUGCUAAAGAGUUUAGAAACUGAAAGAAACUUGUAUGAAAUGAGACAAUAUAUUCCAUUGGAACAUGAUGUUUUUGGCAGGGACAGAAAAGAUAUAGUCGAACAUUGGACCGAGGAUAAGCUUGAUGAGUGGAAAGUGCAACAUAGACAACAUGAGAAGGAGUAUCGUCAGAAACUAGCAAAGUUGAAGGAAAAAGAAAAGACUAACAUUCGUACUGAAGAAGAUCUUUUUAAGAGACUCGAUGAAUUAGAGGUGGAAGAAGAAUUAGAAGAUGAAAUUUACAGACUGGAAAUCGAACGAAAAGCAUAUUAUGGUGAUGACUUGAAAGAUGGCGAAGUUUAUGAUGAAUCAGAAGAGGAUGAAUCUGAUUCUGAUCUAAUUACAACAGAGAAAAUUCAAGAAGAAUUAAAAAAACUGAAAGAUAUCCAAAUGGGUAGAGUUACAAGUGACACGUCGAAUGACAAUUCUGAUACAGUUCAAGAUAAAAUCAUUGAUACAAGUGCUACAAAGAAUGAACAGUUUCAUUCCUCUACAAAUUUUAUCCAAGAGAAAUUAAGGGAGAAAAAUUGUUUACCUGAAUAUAAGGAAGUGUCUAAAGACACAAAUACAAAGGAAAAAAGGAGAAUAUCAUUUGCUGAACCAUGUGUCAUAGAAGACGAAAGCAAUACAAAUGAAGUAUCAAUACCUCAAGAAGUUUGUUCUGCUGUGAAGCAAGAUGAUAUAUGUAAUGAAAGUUCUGAAGAUGAAAAUGAUGCCAUUAAAAUUGAAUUUUCACAUUCAUCUCAUACUCCAGAUAUACUUGAAUCAAAUAAUAUGGAAAUACAAAGUCCAGUAGAUAUUUAUAAAAUGUUUAAUGCUCCUAAAUCGAUUUUGAAAAGAUCUCCAAAUGAUAUGAUUUUUAAUGAAGUUGUUCCUCCUUUAAACGAGAGCAAUAGUACAGAUACAGAAGAUGAAGAUGAAUAUGUUAAUUAUAAAUAUAAUUCUAUGAUCAAAGAGAGAGUCCAAGAAUGUAAAGCUUCACCUGUAAAUGUUUCGACAGAGAAAGAUGGAAAAAGAAUUGUAAGUAGGUUCAAACUUGAACGAGCUGGAAGAAAGUGAUAAUUUGUAAAUACGUAUAUUGAAAUUAAAAAUCUAUUUUUAUAAUACACACAUAACUUCCCAAAAUUACAUUUAUAUUCCAACUAUGUCAUUUAAGAAACUAUUUUGAUUAUCAAUCUUGUAAAGAUUACAAUAUAAUCUACAUGCAGUGAUGCUUUGAA